UGCACACAACAGCAACCCCUUCGAAAGCGUCUAUCACACUCGAUUAAUCCUUCGGCGGUACCAAAGUCGCCCCAGAUUCGGUCGGUCGGCUUGAUCAACCGUAGCCAAGAACAUGCCCCCGGUGGCUCGCCGGCUGUGGGGGAAUUGUACUUCAAUUCUCAAACAGUGGAAUGGUAGAAACAAUGCAGGGCGAGGGGUGCGAUCAGCCGGCAAAUCGGAGUUGGAUGAGCGCCGGUACGUGCAUUGAAACUCUCGCACACACCAAGGUGCAAACACCAAAGCAUCGACGAGAAAAAUCGAAGACGAUCGAACAAGCGGUAAAAACAGCACUGUCGGAAGUGAAUCUAGGCCGAAAAUGUUGCUGCUGCUGCUGCUCGAAAUUUGACCGGCUCGGAACAUUAUUCAUAUGCGCGUGGUGAGUCCGGCGGGUGCAUCGUUUUGUGCCUGGGCAGCGUAGUUUGCUCGAUCUAGUCAGUAUAAAAGUUUGCGCAACCCCCAGCUACUGUAUCAGUUCCCUGCCGUCGAUCGAACCGUUUAAAUCGUAGCUUUGUUUUUUUUUGUUUUGCAUUCUGCUCUCCCACGUGCCGGAUCGCCUAAGCUGGUUCUAAUUGCUUCUUGGGGCAGUACAGUGGAAGCAAGCAAACGCACGCCGCAGGUGAUCAAAAUGUCCAGCGCAAAGGUACUUCUGUUGGUUGGCGCGGUGAUGCUGUUUGGGCUUAGUGGAUCAGCGGCUCAGACGACUGUUGACAAGGAAAGCUCGAAGGAAAACGUCACCGAGGCAGCGACCGUUGCGGAGCCGGAACUGUCCACGGAGCGAUUCAACGCGAGCCGCGUGCUUAGUGCGAUCCGAGCGGAAAUCGAGCGCCGUCGCAGCGAACGCCGGGAAAAGACGCUCCAGCGCGCUCAGGAACUUCGCGAGCAGAUCCUGCAAACGCUGGACAACUUGAGCGAACGCCGACGGGAGUUCGAGCUGCGUCGACAGGAAACCCUGCAGGAUGCCGAAGCUCUCCGCGAGGCACGCCGCCAGGACAUGGAGGCGCGUCGCGUAGGCCGACUGCCGCAGCGUGAACGCGAGCGUGUCAACCAGGCCUGGCUGGAGAAGCUGACCGAACAGACCACGCCGGAGGAGAACGAGAUCGAGGAGGAUGCGAUCGAUGGCAUUGCCGGGGGCAGUGGGGAGACUUCGGAAGGGGUACAGCGCGUGCGCAAUCUGUUGCUAAUCGAGGAAGCGGACGGUAACUUGCGACUGAUCGAUUUGGACACCGAGGAAGGGCAACAGUUUGUGCUGAACGGUGGCCCGAAGCGUGGGCAGAGUGGCGAGGUCGCCGCUGAGAAGGAAAAGGAAGGCGAAGAACCGGAGCAAGAGCAGGACGGUGAGGAGAAGGAGGAGGAGCAGGAGGCGAGCAAGCGGAAACUCAAGACUGGACAGAUUUAGGGUAGGGUAGGGGUGACAGUGUGUUUUUGUUUUCUUCUUUAAUGGCAGGAGAGUUAGAUAAGUAGCUUAUUGUUCAUCGCUCAGUUUAUUCAUCAUUUCAAGUGUUCCAAAUGCCAUUGAGUUAAUUAUUUGAUUUUAUGUUUGAAAUAAACAUUUAGAAAACUAAU